ACACCGCAGAAGAAGACACGCCACCAAAGCACACUCUUCCUCUGUGAGCAGAUUUUUAUGAUUUUUCUUCAUUUCUCGUCCCGUAAAACGACUUGAGGCGACAUGUUCAGGGGCUUCGGGACGUGGCUGGGUCUGGAGAGCCCUCCGGAGCCGAAGAAGCCGGAUGACACGGAGGAAUUAGGCGAGGAGAAGGAGGAAAAAGUGGUGGAGGCUCAAAACGAGGUAAACAAACAGCAGGACGGAGAGGAGAAGGAGAAAGAGGAGGACAAAGACAAAGACAGGGGACUGGGAGACUACAUCUUCAGCUUCGCCUCCAGCGCCACCAAGAAGAUCUCCGAGUCGGUGGUGGAGACGGCGCAGACCAUCAAGAAGACGGUGGAGGAGGGAAACAUCGACGGCAUCAUCGACAAAACGUUCCUCGGCGACUUCCAGAAGGAGCAAGACAAGUUUGUCCAAGAGAAGAAGGCAAAGAAGUCGGGUAAGAGGUGGAACAAAACACACACAGAGGCACACAUUUCUAUCAAAACACCACUGUGUGUGUGUGUGUGUGUGUGUGUGUGUGUGUGUGUGUGUGUAGAAGCUGCAGUUCCUCCCUGGGUGGGUUACAACGAGGAGGAGACGAUCCAGCAGCAGAUCCUGGCUCUCUCUGCGGACAAGAGGAACUUCCUGCGGGACCCCCCCGCCGGGGUGCAGUUCCUCUUCGACAUGGAGCAGAUGUAUCCGCUGGCCGCGGUGAUGCUGGAGGAGGACGAGCUGCUGAACCGCAUGCGCUUCGACCUCGUCCCCAAACAAGUGAAGGAGGAGGUGUUCUGGAGGAACUACUUCUACCGCGUGUCUCUGGUGAAGCAGUCGGCUCAGCUGACGGCGCUGGCGGCUCAGCAGCAGGAGGGCGGAGACAGGGGGACGGACGUCUCGCCCGAGGACGUCACCAUCACAGACGUCAGGCCCGUCACUCCUCCGGUUGGCUUGGGGGACAUGCAGCAGCCCCCUCAGGAAGAGGAGGAGAUCUCUACCAGUCCCGGACUCUCCGAGUUCAUCAGCGACGACUUCGACUCUGCAGCCAUCAACUCGGAGGACCUGAGGAACGAGAUGAAGCAGCUGCUGGAGCAGGAGGACGAGGAGCUGUCCGCCGACGACGAGUCUGCGGACUGGGAGAAGGAGCUGCUGGAGGAGCUGGAGAGCAGCGGCUUCAUCCAGGUCAAGCCGGAGGAGGAGGAGAAGGAGGUGGAGGAGAUGCUCCGCACCGUCGACGACUAGGGGACACGGCGAGCUGUCGGCUCCGGACAGCGAUGGAGAAGAGCGGCCGAGACGCCGCAAGACGAAGAAGAAGAAGAAGACCAGGCUCGUCUUGGAUCCAUGGUGAAGAGGUGGAGGUUCAGUUAGAGCCGGGCUGUCGUCUGGAGGCAGCGUUAGUCCAGGACUCCUCCGUCACGCUUUACUCUGUCGGUUAGGUUUAUUACUCCCCCUCCUCCUCCCCCUCCCCCUCCUCCUCCUCCUCCUCCUCCUCCUCCUCCUCCUCCUCACUGGGAAACAGCUCCAUGUUUUAUACUUCUUUGUUUCUACUGCUUUGUGGAGGGAUGUACAGUCCAGUCUUAAUAUAACCACAGUGACGUUUCAUGUAAAAUGUAAAUAAAGAGGGAUCU